AUGGCGUCAAUAGAAGAAGAAACAGAAGUGAAAGAAACGAUCGAGACUGACAUUUCCGACCUGACUGUUAAAACAGAGUCAAUAAUAGAUCGAUCUAAGAAAGAAAAGAAAUCACAAGGACCAUCUAGAAUUGUUAUUAUCAUAUUGGCAGCAUUAGAAUCAGUUGGGUUGUCUUUAGUGAUAUUCAAGGCCUUGAACACAGGACAGGGAGCUUCAGGGGUCACUACGAUGGAAAUUGGAAUCUUUCUCCCUAUUUUUUACUUUAUAAAGAAGAACAAUCUUCAUAUCAAACUCUUCCGUGGCCUUUCUGUGAUGGCUGUUUUAUUUGCUAUCGCUGGUGCUUCCUUUGACAUACUAUUACAUGUUAAAUAUGCGGCAGAUACGUGGUCUCUUUGCGGAUAUUUGCUUGUUUAUUUGUCAUGGUUUCCAUAUUUGAAUAGAAAUUUAUUUCCCCGAGUAAUGACCAAAGUUCAGGCUCCUCCUAAUAUAAAUAUUCAAACGUCGUCUCCCAUCUCUAUCAAUCGAACACAUUCAUCGGCUUCUCUGCCAGGUGUUUCAUCGGCUUCAAACUUAACAUCUUACAAUUCGACAGCUAAUACAUCUGGGAUUAGCAGUCAUCUUUGUGAUAAGACUUCACCAUGGAAAGUAUUGUUUAUAUCUGCAUUUAUAAAAAUAGUCUUCACUUUAGCUUCUAGUGCUCUUCUAAUUAAGUUUGCUAUGGACGACUUCAGUUUUGAUAACGGUUGGACACAGGGUUGGAACUGGAACACAUCAGAUGACGUUUUUGUUCUAUUUAUAGUCCACACCACCACUAGUAUUGUUGGAUACGCAAUAGCAGUGUUUGCUUGUCACACCUGCAUGGACCGUGGGUCCUUCGUAAUACCUCUGAUAUUAUCCUCUCCUAUUGCGUAUAUCAUACUUGCUGUUGCAAGAUCAUGUGAGUGGAUUCGGGACUUUUCGGGUCAUUCCCCAGAUUUCUGUGUUAAGGAUAGUUCACUAAUUUACAGCCUGAUAGCGAUGUUGUGUUUUUGUAUUGCAAUUUCUCUAACGUUUGGUCGACUGUUGUGGAAUGUCCAGAAUAUUGUACUACAAAAGGAGAUACAGUUGUUUUGGCACCCAACAUAUAACAGUGUAAUGUUGGAACAAUGGUUACUGCUCAACCGAAAACUCAACGAUGACAUGGAAGAGGAAUCAAACCAGAUAAACAGAAACACAGAGAAAACGAGGGUUUACAUAUGCACAACCAUGUAUCGUGAGAGUCGUUAUGAAAUGCAACAGUUGCUGGAGUCUAUCCGGAAUAUAAGUCAGGCCACAUCAGACAAAUCGCAGAUCCACUUUGAAUCUCACGUGUUUCUAGACGGGGCCAUCAAAGGGGAGGAGAUGACGGAUUACGCACUACAGCUACUCAGCCUUUUAAAGGACGCACUAAAUAUUGAUGACCUUAAAACCUGCACGAAGACUUCGACACCUUACGGAUUAAAGUUUGGCUGGAAACUACCGGGGCCAUCGAAAAUGACUUUCAUUAUUCAUAUGAAAGAUCCGAAGAAAGUGAAAAAGAAGAAACGCUGGAGUCAGAUUAUGUACAUGUCAUAUGUCCUGGAUUUUCUUCGUAAGCAACACCUGGACGGAGAGAGUAAUUGUACAGUGAGCGAGUCCGACUGUUACAUUCUUACAACGGAUGCUGACGUCAAGUUUACUCCGGAAUCGGUCGAGGCGCUGCUUGACUUCAUGAAACGGGACUCUUCUGUUGGAGCCGUGUGCGCGCGCACCUACCCAAUAGGAAAGGGUCCGCUUGUUUGGUAUCAAAAAUUUGAGUAUGCUAUUGGACACUGGUUUCAAAAGGCCGCUGAACAUGUUCUCGGCUCCGUUCUUUGUGCCCCGGGCUGUUUCAGUGUUUAUCGCUGCUCUGCCAUUAAGAGUAUCCUCCCCAAUUAUGCCUCUGAUGUUGAGAGAGCCUUUGAGUUCCUCAUCAAAGACAUGGGAGAGGAUCGCUGGUUGUGCACGCUCAUGGUACAGAGUGGUUGGCGAAUCGAGUACUGCGCAGCCUCAAAGAAUGAAACCUACUGUCCUGAUGAGUUUGAGGAGUUUUAUAAACAGAGGAGGAGGUGGAUCGCUUCUACAUUGGCUAAUAUCAUCUCUCUGAUCGAGGAGUGGAAUCUGAUUCGAUCCCUCAACCAUCGCGUGCCAUUUCUCUUCUGUAUAUAUCAGAUGUUUCUCCUCGUAUCCACAGUUAUUGGUCCAAGUACUGUAAUAAUCAUAGUAGCAGGUGGCUUGAAUUACGCUUGGAAUGUUGACUUGAUCUUGGCAGUGGUACUACAAAUCGUUGUCUGUGUGAUUUAUGCCUUAAUCUGUCUGUACAAGAAGGAAAAGUGGCAAAUGCAGUUUGGUAAAGUCAUCACUUUCCUGUACGCGGUUGUCAUGACAGCAGUGGUAGUGGGGAUUGCAGAGCAGGUGGCAGAGGAUCUUAUAAGUCUUAACGACAAGGUGAAGGUCGAAACCAAAGACGGCAAAACCGUUACCAUACAACCGACUGUUGGUCCAGGAGCCAUUAGUGAUGAUGUCCCGGUGUCCGUUGUGACCUUGUAUCUUGGUCUUUUAAUCGCCAUAUUCCUGGUCAGUGGAGCGUUUCAUCCAACAGAAAUCGCAUGUCUCCUACAUGGAUUCACGUAUCUUCUUUGUUUACCAUCCGGGUACCUGGUAUUGAACAUUUACAGUGUCGUUAACAUCACGGACCGUUCCUGGGAGAAUCGAACCCAGGACACCUGUCAGUCUUAUGACAGGUGCACCAAUACACUACCCAAAGCACUACAAAUGGUAGCUAAAGUGCAAGGAUAUACCAAAUAA